AGUUUUAACACACACUCAGCAAACCCAUCGCAGUCAUGGCCGCCAUCGGUACCUUCAACGAGGAGGGCGAGAACGUGGACCUCUACAUCCCGCGCAAGUGCCACGCGACCAACGCGCUGAUCGAGGCCCACGACCACGCAGCCGUGCAGAUCGCCAUCGCGAACGUCGGCCCGAACGGCGUGAUCAACGGCACGACGACGACGCUGUGCAUCAACGGCUACCUGCGCGCGCAGGGCGAGUCGGACCACGCGAUCAACCACAUCGCGGUGGACCGCGGCAUCGUGCGCAUCAAGAGCGGCAAGCCGAAGCGCGUGUCGAAGGCGAAGGGGAAGAAGCCCGUCGCUGCCAAGGGUGCCGCGGCUGCGUCCGCGCAGAAGAGGGGCCAGAAGGGUGGUGCUGCCGCUGGUGGACGUCCUGCUGCUGCCCAGAAGGGUGCGAGGGACGCCGCCCGCCCGGCCCAGAAGGGUCGUGCGCCGGCUCAGAAGGGUGCUGCCCCUCCGCGCAGCCCCGCGCUUAAGCUGCACUUCGACCGAAGCGCCUUCUCUCUCGUGCGCGGGGUCUGCGCAUGCACAGUAGAUGAAGGAAGAAGAGAUGAAUACCGCGCAGGCGCAAACAGCAUGAGGGAUCACAGAAGGGAAGGGAACUGCACUUUGUCACCGGCAACUGUGCCCUGCCCAAGUCGUUUCCUCUGCCCUUGGCUGCAUCUCGCACUUCACGUGAUCGAUUUUUUCUCUCUCCUUUGGGGUUUUCUACCUGUGUUUUCUGCCUGCCCCGGAGUACGUCUGCGUCUGCGCUACCGCUGUUCUUGCGGUUUUGAGUUGGUGAAAGCAAUAGGACUCGCGUCCUUUUACUUCUAUUGUUUCUACUUUUAUUUAUUUAUCUUCUCUUAAACGAG